AUGAAAUCUGAUGAACAAAGAUUAAUCGACUGGAAUUCUUCGAUGAAUAAUAACCGACCUAAUAUGAACGAAAAAAGGAUUUCACCGUUAGUUUCGAAUAAUAAUGCAUGGUUACCUGCAUUUUCUGCACAACAUCAACGACAACAGCAAAGACAACAGGAGCAACAACAACAUAAACGAUGUCCUUCGACUUCACGAGAUCUAUCACUUUUUAAUGAAUUAUAUAUUAAUUUGGAAGCUUGUACUGAACAAUAUCGACAACUCGAAAAAGAACGGAAAAAAACUGAAGCUGAAUUAGCUCGACAUAACCUUGGCAAAAAAAUUUCAUCAACAAAUAACAUACCUAUUCCACGAAUAGCACCUCUACCAACACGUAUUGACAGGCUUAUUGUUGAUUUCUUCAGGGAACAUGCGCGAAUUGUUACCUUACUAAUGAAGAUGGAGCAGUUACGUAAUGCACCUUUACCACCAGACGUUCAUGGUGCUCUUCAAGGAUUUUUCGACUCAAUAAAACGAUUGCAGUCAGAACGAGAAAAUGAGAAGAACCUAAUAAAAAAAAUCUUCAGCGGCGAAAUGAGCCUACGUAUAGAUGAAAUUCGUGAACUUUCAUCAGCGCUGGAAAAAGUUAAUGAAAAUGUUGUUCGAGCUCGAUCUGCUAAUUGGUGUUCAUUGAUGUGGACAAUAGGAGCUGAUGACGUAUCUGAGAGUUAUAUUCAACGUAUAGUAAGCGCCAAUUUCAAUCUAGCUCCUCCUGAAAUCAAACAUCGUCCCGUUUGA